AAAAAAAAAAAAAAAAAAGAAGCUAACCAUUUUUGACUUCUCAAGCGUGCCUAUGAAGACUGAACUAAUUUCUAUCAAUUUCUUUACUAACUCAAUUUACACCAAAAUCUCCACUCUAAAUCCAAUUCCACUAAUUUCAUCUCAAUUUUUGUUCUCUGGUUUUAAUGGGUCUAUUAUGUAAUCAAAGAAAAAAAUCAUCUUUUUUUUUCCUGUUCUUCAAACCCCCUCAGAUUUUUGUUCUUUUAGGAGUAUUGUUGAGCAUCCACUUUCACUCAACUUUUGGGUUGAAAGUUCUGCAAUUAAACAAGACAAAGUCAUCGUUUAAAAUUGCAAUUUUUGCAGACUUGCAUUUUGGGGAGAAUUCUUGGAGUAAUUGGGGACCUAAGCAAGAUGUCAACUCCGUCAAAUCCAUGUCCUCUAUUCUUCAUCACGAAAACCCAGAUUUCGUUGUGUACCUAGGAGAUGUCGUCACAGCCAAUAAUAUUCCUAUAGCAAACGCAAGCCUGUACUGGGAUCAAGCUACUUCACCCACCAGAGAUCGAGGCAUACCUUGGGCCAGUGUGUUUGGUAAUCAUGAUGAUGCCCAUUUUGUGUGGCCUAAGGAAUGGUUUUCCAAACAGGGGAUUCCCCCGUUGCGUUGUUCUCCGUCUAAUUCAACGCUCAUUGGGGAUGGAAAUUGCAGCUUCAUGGGCACAACACGAUUGGAUUUGAUGAAUUAUGAACUUGGAAAUGGCACACUUUCAUUCUCUCAGCAUGGACCCAAAAACCUUUGGCCAAGUGUAUCUAACUACGUCCUGCAAAUCUCAUCAUCAGAAAAUCCAGAGUCGCCUGUGGCAUUUAUGUAUUUUCUUGAUUCGGGAGGAGGUUCCUAUCCAGAAGUGAUUUCAAGUGCCCAAGCACAGUGGCUUAAAGGCAUAUCUAACGAAAUCAACCCCGAUUUUAGGGUACCUGAAAUUUUCUUUUGGCACAUACCUAGUAAAGCAUAUCAGAAGGCUGCACCUUGGUUGUUUUUUGUUCCUCAGCCUUGUGUCGGGUCAAUAAAUAAGGAACGGGUAUGUACUCAAGAAUCUGAGGCGGGGAUCAUGAAAGUAUUACAAGAUCGGCCUUCAGUCCAGGCUGUGUUUGUAGGGCAUGACCACGGCAAUGACUGGUGCUGUCCUUACAAGAAACUAUGGCUGUGCUAUGCUAGACACACCGGUUAUGGUGGUUACGGGAAUUGGGCAAGAGGAGCUAGAAUUCUGGAGAUUGCUGAUCAACCUUUCACUCUCAAGUCAUGGAUAAGGAUGGAAGACGGGUUUGUACAUAGUCAUAUCCUCUUGAGUUCUCGUCCUGUUUCUUCAUCCUCUAUUUUCCUGGUUUUGGUUCUGGUUUUGGUUCUGUUCUUCGGAAUCAAGUCCUUUUACCCUGCAUCUGCUCAUCUGAUUUCUAAAGCUAAAGCCUUUAUAUCACCAACUGCAUUAUAGUUCCCACGCCAUCGUUCAACACAUACUUAUGUUCUGCUGAUGACAACAUUCUAAUAUCCUAUACUGUAUAUAACAGAGAAUUAUUUUUCUAGGAGAACACUUGUGAUAUUGUGCACUUGUAAAUCGUUUAAUUUUUUUUACCGAAUAAUCUUCCUUAGAUAAUUAUCUGAUUGCAUUCUUGUAAAGACAUCAAAUCUAGUGUAUGUAUAGUUUUUUCAGUUUUAGUG